GAGUUAUUUGCGGGGCAUUGGGAUUUCACAGAUAUUAUAUAAUAACCAAUCCUCAAGACGCAUUGACCGCGGCGAACAGUUGCCUUCAAAAACAUUUUGGUUACAAAUGGGGGAAGCGAUGGCUGGGAAACUCUUUGAUUAUGUCUACAGGUGAAAUUUGGAAAAAUCAACGUAGAAUGAUUGCACCAGCAUUCAGUUUGCCAAUAUUGCAUGGAUACCUUGGAGUGUUUAAUACUAAAGCAAGAGAAUUGGUAGAAAUAGUAUCAACUCAGACUGAACCCACCUUUAACAUUUUACCAUAUAUUAAAGAUGUUAUUUUUAAAAUACUUUCUAAGACAGUGUUUGGAGUUGACGAACUGGAUGAUAAAAAUUUUAUAAAACAAUACAUGAACGCUACAGACACAAUUUUAAAAAACUUUGUUGAUAGAUUUAACAAUCCAUUAUUAUACAGUGAUUUCAUGUACCAAUUAUUAGGAUAUAAAAAGAUAGAAGACGAAAUCAUCAGAAUUUCAAGUAACAUGAGUGAUACUAUAAUUAAUGCGAAACGUGCUGCUUUAAAGGCUUCUAAGUCUACAAUUUAUUCCAUGAAUUCCAAAGGUGCAAAAUAUAAAUCACUUCUAGAAUUACUACUAGAACUUUCAGAGAAAAACAUGUUGACAAAUAAAGAGAUAAAAGACGAGGUAAACACCUUCGUAGUAGCAGGAUACGAUACGUGCUCCAUAGUUUUAACUUACACACUUAUGUGUUUAGGAACCUAUCCAGAGGUCCAGGAACGAGUGCAUGAAGAAAUACAAACCAUCUUUGGAGAUACGGACCGAGAUGUUGAGAAGGAGGACUUGUCACAUUUGCUAUAUACAGAGGCUGUUAUAAAAGAGACUCUGAGACUGUAUCCACCCGGUCCUUUUUUAUUGAGAUACUGCGAUAAAGUAGUUCAGCUAAAAAAUUACAAAAUGCCAGCUGACACACAAUUAAUUCUCAAUAUGUAUGGUAUGAAUCGAGACCCUGUGUGGGGACCGGACGCGGAACAUUUCCGACCGGAUCGAUGGUUGGACCUUAAGCUAGAACAAAGUAACGCCUUCGGAUCCUUCAGCAUCGGAAAACGGAUAUGUCCAGGUGAAUGAGUGUCAUA